AUGCCGCCGUCGUCACGUGUUGCUUGCUGUACCAUCACGGCCGCCCGUGGCUUGGCACGUGGGGCCCGAUUGCUUUUUUUUCGGCGGCAUCGACGCAGGACCAUCGCGCAGAACAUCGCGUACGGCGCGGCGGCGGCAGCGGCGGCGGCGACGGCUAAAGGAAACGGGGGAGCUCGGGCGGAGGGGGUUGGGGAGUUGGGGGGCGGCGUUACGAUGGACAAGGUUGUGCAGGCGGCGGAGCUUGCCAACGCGAAGGAUUUCAUCGAGGAGUUCCCCGAUGGGUUCGAAACUUUCGUCGGAGAGGGGGGGGUGCAGCUCUCUGGCGGUCAACGGCAGAGGAUCGCGAUCGCACGCGCGGUGCUUAAGGACGCGCGUAUUCUGAUUCUGGACGAGGCCACGAGCGCGUUGGACGCGCACAGCGAAGCCCUCGUUCAGGAGGCGCUGUCUCGCCUCACCAAAGGCCGGACGGUGCUGGUCAUAGCGCAUCGGCUGUCGACGGUGGUCAACGCGGACAAGAUCUGCGUCUUGAGUCAGGGCAAGGUUAUCGAGGAAGGGAAGCACGAUGAGCUGCUCGAACGCGAGGGCGCUUACUACAACCUCAUGAGCACGCAAGUUCGCUCCUUCUCCACCAUCGGAGACUAGAUUACAUUACACUAGUUCCUUCGACGGCUUAACUACUGCGCUCGAGGAGGCUAACCUCUUGGUGAAGGAGCCAGAGCUACCGUAGUCCACUCUCUCUCUCUUUCGUUCUGUCAAGGGGUACAGUGGAAACUGUCCCGACAAGCUUGGAUAUUGGAAGAACGAAGCUCGAAGCGUUUCCUGUGUCCUGCUUGCUCCCAGAUGGAGAAGAAGGGAAGGAGCGAGUGCGCGUGUGCUUUUGUUGUUGUUAUUAGCAUCGACCGCGGUGACCGGCUGACCAAUGAAAUGAUGGCAGUCUUGUAGCUGGGUAUUUGUAUGUCUGUUUUCUUAUUUAGGAACGACCGCUCUAACCGGCUGACCAAUGAAAAGAUGUCAGUCUUGUGGCGGGGUAAUCAACACGGAACAGUUCGUGUGUGUGUGUGUGUGUGUGUGUGUUUUUUUUCCUGGUGCUGUGUCGGAGACGAUACCAUCACCUUGAAGGGAAACACCUUCCUCUCUCUGCCACUAUUUUUUGUCAGGCGGAAUGGUACCAUGCGUAGUACCCGAUAUGUUGCCGCUAAUCCACCUAGGGAGGCUGCUCCGCAACAUAUCCGGACCCUUCGGACCCUUCUGUGUUAAUUCUGUCUCGCCCCGCCCUACCCAGAUUUUUCGAUCGAUUGGUGGCGAGAACCGGAGGGAAAAGAAGGAGAAACAGGGGGAGGCAGAGAACGAGGAUACAUUAGUUGUACCGCUCUUGCGAGCCUGACGCCGCGGAAUGGUGUUCAGCUCGUAUUCUUCUUUACUCUUUUUCCAUGCGUCAGUUUUUCAUUUGUCGAUUCCGAUCAAAUCAACUGAAACUUUUUUUUUGUGUCGGUGGUCUCGACUAUUUUAUAGACGCGGUUUUCAGGGUCCGUGUGUUGUGUUGGUGACGCGUUGAAGUUCACCGCCUAUGUCUGCCUGUCUGUCUGUCUGCCUGCCUGUCCACUUGAUGUCAUGUGUUCAGAAAGAGAGAGAGGGAGUGAACAACAAUCGCGCGAGAGGGUGUGAUGGGUGUUUGGACAGCAUGGCACCUUUAUUACUCCAGCUUGGUGAAAUCUUCUUCUUACCGCCAUAGUCUAAGUCUAGAGCAUUCAGUUAACGUCUGGCAUCGUGUUCCCACAGAGAGCGUUGCUCUCAACUCGGUACAGUAGACUACCGCUUUGUGUGUGCAUUCCCCCCCCCUUGUAUAUCUCCCAGCAGAAUUUCCUCCAUGUGUGUUGAACCACCACCCUUUAUGAAUCAAACAAAGGCGUGCUGUGCUGUCAAGCAUCACCCAUGUCCU